AUGGAUUCCAGAAAUCAAAGUAGCCAGUACUCUGGCUACAUUGGCCUUCUUACGAGUCAACAACAAUAUGUUGUUCAGGAAAACAUUCCUCCUGAAAGUUUUCCUUAUAGUGUAAACAUUGGAGGCUCCGAUAUACCUCCUUUCAGUUCGCAGCAAGCUCAGACUCCAUCCCAACCUGAUGCGACACCAGUGGAGCGUGUGGUGAGAAAGAAAUGGACUCCUCAUGAUGACGAGGUUCUCAUCAGUGCCUGGCUCAACACAUCAAAGGAUGCUGUUAUUGGGAAUGAACAGAAGUCCGGGACAUUCUGGAAACGCGUAGGAGAGUACUUCGCAGGUGCGACAGAGGCUGGUGAGAAGACAGAGCAUGUCCACUGUAAGCAAAGGUGGCACAAAAUAAAUGAUCAUACCAACAAGUUUUGUGCCGCUUUUGCCGCAGCAGAGAGACAAGUUACGAGCGGUCAGAGUGACAAUGACGUUCUAAAGGUGGCUCAUGAGAUCUUCUACGCUAAUAACGGAACCAAGUUUACCCUUGAGCAUGCGUGGUGUGUCUUGAGGUAUGAACAGAAGUGGAUUAACCUGAACCCUCCUAAAGCUGCUGUCAGUGCAAAGAGAAAGACUGGUGAGGACGCUUCCGAACCAUCAAGUACCAACGUUGGUGAGGGAGAGAUAAGGCCUGAAGGUGUAAAGGCUGCAAAAGCCGGAAGGAAUAGUACUCAAGGAAAGGCAGUUGAGAACUAUAGGAACAUGUGGGAGCUCAAGAUGGAAGAUUUGGCAAAGAAGGAGAAACUCUCGAAGCUUGCUAUACUAGACAGUCUCCUUACUAGAAAGGAGCCUCUUAGUGAGCGUGAAGAAGCUGCCAAGAAUAAACUCCUUGAUGAGUUGUUCUAA